AUAGGCGCCCUCGCUGACGUCAUACAGGAAGUCUCUCGAGCCGCUGCCGCUGCUGGACCGUCGGUGCAUCUCUUGAAGCAACACCAGCCUAGCUAACCCUGGAAGCAAAUAUGACAAGAGCUGAAGAGCACUUCACUGAACUCAUUCAGGGCCGGGCCAUGUGGUGAUGAGCGGUAUGCCAUGCAGAGGAGACACAGCAGCAACACGGAUGGCAUGCCCUCUGAAAGGAGUCGAAGCCAAACUCUUGGAUCAGAGAGCAGCCUGGAUGAGGGUGGUGUGUUCGACUGCCUGAAACCCGACUCACCCGCUUCACCCCAGCAGAUCUUCUCCGGCCUUGUAGGUGUUCCCUCCAGCUCUGUCUCCUCCGCCCAGUUCCAGGCAGCUGGAUUAGUCCUGGGCUCUCCCCCUGAAGUUUUUAUCCAGAUGACUGCAUCGUCCAGAGAAGAGGGUGGCCCCCACCGCACAGACGGUGGCCCUUUUCUCCCCCGGCCGCCCCAGCAUCACCAUCACCACCACCACCACCUACACCACCACCAUCCCCUGCAGCACAGGACCUCCUCUCUGCUCCACCAGGCGACCACGGCAGCCGCCUCUGAGAGGCAUAGCUCCAGGGAGGAGUCCCAGGAAGACCCAUCCACCCCGGCCCCUGCACUGUCUGAGCUGAAGGCAGUAGUCACGUGGCUGCAGAGGGGCUUCCCCUUCAUCCUCAUUCUGCUGGCCAAAGUCUGCUUUCAGCAUAAGCUGGGUAUUGCUGUGUGUGUGGGCAUGGCCAGCACAUUCGCCUACGCCAAUUCCACGUUUAGGCACCAAGUGUCAUUACGGGAGGAGCGUUCUGUAUUUGUUGCUCUGUGGAUCGUCAUGUUCCUUGCGGGGAAUAUAGUGUAUAUCUACUACACAUUUAGUCACGAGGAGCUGCACAACAGCCUCAUAUUUGCCAAGCCUAACCUCAACAGCUUCGACUUUUUUGAUCUGAUCUGGGCGGUGGGCAUCACCGAUUUUGUCCUCAAAUACUUCACGAUUGGCUUGAAAUGCUUCAUCCUAUUUUUGCCGAAAAUAAUCCUGGCCUUCAAAACCAGGGGUAAGUUUUACCUGCUGAUCGAGGAGCUGAGCCAGCUGUUUCGGGCCCUGGUGCCCAUCCAGCUGUGGUACAAGUACAUCAUGGGAGAAGACCCCUCCAACAGUUACUUCCUUGGAGCCACGCUCAUCAUCAUCUACAGCCUUUGCAAGUCCUUUGACAUCUGUGGACGUGUGUCUGCCAUACGCAAGGCCUUGGUCAUGCUCUGCAGCUCCCAGAGUUAUGGAGUUAGGGCAGGCAGUCAGCAGUGCAGCGAGGCGGGCGACGUCUGUGCUAUUUGUCAGGCUGAUUUCAGAGACCCCGUAGCCCUUCUCUGUCAGCACGUCUUCUGCGAGGAGUGCCUGUGUUUGUGGUUCGACCGGGAGAGGACAUGCCCGCUGUGCCGCUCUACUGUCAUUGAGACCCUGCGAUGCUGGAAGGACGGCACCACUUCGGCUCACUUCCAGAUCUACUGAGCGCUGACAACAUAUCACAUGCACCCGUGAAGAUGUGCCGGUGCUGUAAUGCAAGUUAGACAAUAUCGUGUCAUCUUUCUCUGUUUAUCUUAGCACCGCACCUCUUUAAAUCAGGAUAAGCAUGAUUGCAGUAACACAUAAGAAUUGUGUGAAUCGCAUUAUCUUCAGUGUGGACUCAUGAAGCUGGUGGUAGAGGCCACAUGCACAAACAAAAUUAUCAACAUGGUAUCAUUUAAAAGACAUAAAAGCUGGACUGUUAUAAGUUUUACACUGGGACUGAUGUCAUAGUUAUGGCAAAAGUCUCAUUUUGUGUACAUAGAUUUAGCCACUGUUGUGAACAACAUUUUAUUUGACACUGAACACGUUAAAGAAUGUUAUUUUGAUUUAAUGUAGUGAUAAUGCAAGUCAUCUCAGCAUUGGCACUAUUUGGCAUCAAUUUGGUGCAAAAUUAUUGUUUGUUGUAUUCUUUAGGUUUUGUCAUAUCUGUAUAUUUAUAUCAGUUCAACCAAUAACUGAUGUUGCUAUUUAGUUUUAUGAUAUUUAUUUGAAAACGGAAUUAUUGCCCAUAUGAAUAAAGAAAAUGUCUCAGAAUGGUUGUAGGAAAUCAGUGCAAACAUUUGCGCUAUCUGUAGGAUAAUUAAAGUUAUUUAGAUAUUGAGUAAUGAACGUUGUGUGUAACAUUUAAUUAGCCAGAAUGUAAACAGUAAAUAGUGCAACUGUUUAUGGCAUCAUAACAUUUUGUAGAUUUGUAUCAAGUGUUGUGCAUUUAAACAAUCAACAGUGGGAGUUCAUGUCUGAAAGUCGGCUAUGUUGCCAGCUGCAGUUUAUUGUUAUUUUAGUGACUAUCCUUAAUAUGAAUCAUUUCCUUUUAAUUAAUUGUUUGCAUAAUAGAAGGUGUGACUUGAAUGCUGAAUGCACUGCAGUGCAGAUGAUUUCCAUUUUAAAAAAAUAAUAAAGCACUUUAGCUCACCUUA